GCGCCCGCGCGGCGGCCCGCCACGUGGCCCGCCGACGUCGGCGCCGAGCACGCCAGGGAGCCGCCGACGAUGGCGGCGCGGGCCGCGCCAGACGGAGGCGCGCUUCUAUGCCGGCCCAGCGCGGCGUGGGCGCCCGCGGGGCAGCCCGCUGGGCAGACCGCGUCGAGGCUGUCCCUGGCGGAGGAGACGCUGCGCCAGGCCAUGGGGCGGCUGGGCUCCGCCACCGCCGCGCCCGGCUCCCCCGGGCCCGACGCCAGGUCAUCCUGGCCAUCCAUCUCAUGA